CAUGUAAUACAAAGUUGCCAUAGCUCAAACUCUCAUGUUAGAGUAACAAUUCCGACGACAACCCCCUCCCUUCACAUCUUAGGGUUUCAUUGCCACCCACCAUUAUCACUCCAAUUUCCCCCAUUUUAGAAAAACUAGAGAGAGAAUGUACAGUGGCUCAAGCGAUGGCGAGGGGCAUGAGGUUCCGGGGCAGCGGAAGAUCCCGCCGGCUUCGUCCAUGUUAUGGGUACGAAAUCUCCGCCGUUUCAUCGGAUCUGGCGCCGGACUUGGCUCUGAAGCUUUGAUGGAGCUUGAAACAAAGAGAAUCUUGCUCGAUAUUUUUAAAGAGAAACAACAAAAAAGUUCUGAAGCUGGUGCAAUCCCGAGCUUCUACAAAAAGAAACCAGAAGAAGGAUCUAUCAGUUAUAGAGUACAGAGGCUAGCGAAGUAUAGAUUUCUGAAGAAACAAUCAGAUCUUUUGCUAAACGCUGAUGAUUUGGAUGCUAUGUGGGUCUGCUUAAGAGAGAACUGUGUGAUUGAUGAUGCUACCGGUGCUGAAAAGAUGAACUACGAAGAUUUUUGUCAUAUUGCCUCAGUUUGUGCUGAGCAAAUUGGCCCUAAGUGCCGACGUUUUUUCAGUCCUUCAAAUUUCAUGAAGUUUGAGAAGGAUGAACAGGGGAGAAUCGCCAUUCUUCCAUUUUACCUUUAUGUGAUGCGGACGGUUUCGUUAACUCAAGCUAGAAUAGAUAUGAGUGAGCUUGAUGAGGAUUCUGAUGGCUUCCUUCAACCACAUGAAAUGGAGGCUUACAUUAGAGGGCUCAUACCUAACUUGGCACAAUUGCGUGAUAUGCCUACUGCCUUUAUGCAAAUGUAUUGCCGGAUAGCUGCACAUAAAUUCUUUUUCUUCUGUGACCCACACAGACGAGGGAAGGCUUGCAUAAAGAAAGUGCUCCUAAGUAACUGCUUGCAGGAGUUAAUGGAACUUCACCAGGAAAGUGAGGAGGAAGUCACUGACACUGAACAGGCUGAGAAUUGGUUCUCCUUGACCUCUGCACAGCGCAUUUGUGACAUGUUUCUGGCACUUGACAAAGAUAUGAAUGGAACAUUGAGCAAGCAAGAACUCCGAGAAUAUGCAGAUGGAACACUGACAGAUAUCUUUAUCGAGAGGGUUUUUGAUGAGCAUGUACGCCGUGGGAAAAGUGGUGGAGGAAACAGUCGGGAGAUGGAUUUUGAGAGCUUUUUGGACUUUGUUCUUGCUCUUGAAAACAAAGACACUCCCGAAGGUUUGACGUACUUGUUCAGGUGUCUUGAUCUUAAUGGAAGGGGUUACUUAACAACAGCUGAUGUCCACACUCUUUUCAGAGAUGUACACCAGAAAUGGAUUGAGGGAGGAAAUUAUGAAUUAUGUAUCGAAGAUGUGAGAGAUGAAAUAUGGGAUAUGGUGAAGCCUAUGGAUGCCUUGAUGAUCACAUUGCAGGAUUUACUUGCAUGCAAGCAAGGUGGUACGGUGGCUAGCAUGCUUAUAGAUGUCCGUGGUUUUUGGGCGCAUGACAAUAGAGAAAAUCUGCUUCAAGAAGAAGAGGAACCAGAGGAAGAGGGAUGACUUUUGGGUGAUUAACUUUCGGUACCUUUACUGUAUCUACAAUUAAGAAUGAAAUGUGAUUUUUAUUGAAAGAAUCUGCUAUAACUUGUGUAAGUUGGAGGAAAUAUAGGUGUGUAGCCCAAUGUAUAACUUCUGUUGUUCAAGGAUUAAUGAAACAGAGUGAAGCUGAAUGGUUCAACUCCUAAAGGUUUACAGUCUGUAAAAAUGUAAGUAUAUGAUGCUAAAAGUAAAGUAAGUAUUCCUUUUUGUUUUUUUUUC